CAGGCUUACCAGGCAAUUCAUGUUAGAUUACAUCUGAUGGACUUGAUGGAUGAAAAUCAAUACUUUGCCUUGGAGGAUGCUCAGCAGCUAAAAAGGGAUGAAAAGGAGAGGAAGAUAGAGAAGAGAAUAAGUUGCUUCAAUGUCAACCCAACAUUUGUACAUUUCUCAUGGUUAUCUGCCUUGUUUCAUCAUUGAACUCAUCUUUUCCAUCAUAAUUGUAAUCAUAAUCAACUAAUUUAUUGUCAAGAUCUGCCUGACACUUGAAAUUAACCAACAAAUUCUGGGUUGACCAAAGAAACAUCAACAACAUCAACUUCAUAACUGUUUGAAUAAAUUUGUAAUUUUGUAUACUUUUCAAUGAAACCAAGUAUUACGGUUAAAUUGUUACUUUAUGCAACAAGGUAAAAGUAAUCGUAAUAUUAGUCAUUGUGGUUAACAAUAAUUUAAUGGAUCAUCUUACACAUUAAUGCUGGCAAAUCAAUUUGAUUGAUCACUCUAGUUGAUUUUGAUUAUGUUGAUUAAAAGAGAGAGAGAGGAAGAGUGAAACUAACUUUCAAUAGUUACUCUUUCUAUUAAUAUUAUUGCUACAAGGAAAAUAUGAUUAUCAUGAAAUCAUCUCACAAUUGCCCACUAAUCGGAAUCAGUGUCAACAACAAUCAGUGUCUCGGAUAUUCAAUUACAAGAAAUACAAAAGUAAACAGUUUUAGUGAUCAAUUUUAGUGUCCGAACAUUAAACUAGCUUUACAAUCAAGUUUACUUAAAAUCAAAUGGAAGUAAUCAAUUUAUCCAAUGUAAUGGAGGGAACACCAACAACUCAACAAUCACCAAAGCCAACAAUUAAAUCACCAUCAUUAGCUGUUCAGAUGAAAAAUGUUUCCUACAAUUAUGGAACCUCAGUUAAACCAAUGAUCGCUCUUAAUAAUGUCAAUGUUCAUAUUCCUGAAGGAAUUAUUUAUGGUUUAUUGGGUCCAAGUGGCUGUGGCAAAACCACUUUGCUUCGAUGUAUUUUAGGCCGAUUGAAACCACAAUCUGGUGAUAUACAAAUAUUUGGUUACAAACCAGGAACUCGUGAAAGUCUGGUGCCUGGUCAAGGUGUUGGUUACAUGCCACAGGAAUUGGCUUUAUAUAUGCAGUUCACGGUCAAAGAGACGAUCAAUUAUUUUGGACAGUUGACUGGAAUACCCAAAGAAGAACGACAUUCUCGAGUUGAGUUUCUUUUGUCCUUUUUAGAUUUAACUGAUCCAGACAGAAUGGUGUCCGAUUUAAGUGGUGGUCAAAGAAGAAGGGUUUCCCUUGCUGUUGCUCUGGUACAUAAACCACCUUUGCUUAUUCUUGAUGAACCGACUGUAGGAGUGGAUCCAUUGCUCAGAGAAAGCAUUUGGAGUCAUUUGGUUCACUUGACUAAAACAGAAGGAAUGACGGCGAUCAUUACAACCCAUUAUAUCGAAGAAGCUCGUCAAGCUAAUGUGGUCGGAUUGAUGAGAGAAGGAAGUCUACUUGUUGAGGAAGAUCCAGAAUGCUUAAUGAAAACUCACCAAAAAGAUACUCUGGAAGGAAUUUUCUUGAAAAUUUGUCACGAACAGCGAACUUUAUCAUCAAAUCAAUUCAUCGAGAAGAAUGGUGGAACCGUAAAUGCCACUAAAAAACGUCAGUCCGUUGGCCAAGUCAAUUCAUCGAAGGAAAUCAAAUGGAAAAGACCCAAACCUGAACCGAUCACAGGUGAACUUGAGCUGUUCAAAGAUUCAUGCAGAAAGAUUGGUGCAUUAACUGAAAAAAUGGCCAUUAGAUUAAGGAGAAACAUUCCAAUGCUGACUUUUCAACUAGUUUUACCAACCAUUCAAAUAAUUUUAUUCUGUAUUUGUAUUGGACAAGAGCCAAAAAAUCUUGACUUAGCAGUUUACAAUCAAGACCUAAGUGGAGCCAAUUACAGUCAAAAAUUUUUAGAUCUAAUUGAUCCAAAUUAUGUUAAAAUUAAUUACGUUGACUCGAAAGACGAGGCGUUGAAUCAAGUGAAGGAGGGCAUUUCACAUGGAGCACUCAUCUUCAACCCUAACUACAGUUUACAGUUGGAUAAUAGGUUUGACAUGUUUGAAAUGAUGACUGAUUCAAAGGGAAAAAUCAUCAACGAAAGCACAAUUUACUUUCACUCUGAUGGAACAGAAUUUCCAAUUCAAAUCACUUUGAUAACUCAACUGGUGACAUCGGCUCAAAAAUGGAUCAUUAACUUGGUCAAUGAAAGCUUUCCAUUCAUGGCUUCAGCAAUUGCAGAGCCUUUGUUUAAACCUGUUGAUCCACCGAUUUACGGGGAACUGAAGCCAUCUUAUCGUAAUUUUAUGGCUCCAGGAUUGAUCCUUGGCAUAUCAUACAUUUUGGCUGUUGGGUUGACGGCUCUUUGUUUCGUUAUGGAUCGAAAAGAAGGACUCUUGGAGCGGACUUUUGUCGCUGGUGUUCAAGCUUAUCAAAUAUUAUUUGCACAUAUCAUCAUUCAAUGUUCAAUCAUCUUGAUCCAAACAAUUUUACUUUUGUUUACCAUUUUUGUUAUUUUUCAAAUUGAUCUUAAUGGAAGCGUCAUUUCAGUAACAGUUUUGACACUUCUUCAAGGAAUAGCUGGAAUGUCUUUUGGUUUCCUCAUUUCUGCUCUUUGCUAUGAAGAACAAUCAGCCAUGUUGAUUUCAGUUGGAUCAUUUUAUCCUAAUUUGAUUCUUUGUGGGAUACUUUGGCCAUUGGAAGCGAUGCCUGAUUUCAUGAGAGACAUGAGCUAUUUGAUGCCGCAAACAUUAGCAAUCAAGAGUAUGAGAUAUAUUAUCACCAGAGGCUGGGAGUUUACCAGAUUUGAAGUUUAUAUUGGAUUUUUUGCUACCGGUUGUUGGAUUCUUAUAUUCAACAUUCUCGCUGUAAUCAUAUUUGCCGUGAAAAAGUAAUCAAAGGACUUAAAGUACAUAAUCAAUUGAUAAUUUUGCCAUCAAAAAUAUUAAUAAAACUUUUUCAAAUUUUAAUUGGUAAUGAAAUCUUUGGUAUAAAGAAAUAAAUUUUAAUAUCGAUCAAUGAUUUCGGUAAUAACAUUUUGAAAUAAACGAAUGAUUUAAUGAUAA